CCCCCGCCCUUGCUGAAGGGGGACUGGCAGGAAGGAUCUCAUAGGAGCUCUCCAAGAAGUCGCUGAGGCCGAGUUCCCGCCUCCUCGCCUUCCUCAUUCAUUCCGACCGUCAGCGGCUGGUACAGUAUGAGCGGCUCCUUCCUGGUUGUUGGAUGCAAGCUCGCCCGCUCGGACUGCGAGCAAUGGAAGCUUGAGACCGCGUGAGGCGAGCGGAGAGAGCCGAAGCUGGGAAAGUCCUCCUGCCCCUGAAGAAGCGACUGUUGUGUUCAGCUGAAGCUUUGUGCAGCCAGGUAUAAUUAGAAAUCAAGAUAGGGAAAGAGAACAUCCAUCUUUUUCAAAACAUUGAUGUUGCUAUGAGGAAAGAAGUCAGAAAUGACUGAUGUGGAGCCUGUGAUCACAGAUUUUGCAGCAUCAGGAAGAGCAGGCCGCCGAAAUGCCUUACCAGACAUCCUGGGUUCUUCUGCCGCGGGAGCUGGCACAUCUGAACUGCCACUUAAAUUAGCUGAACUAUCCAUGUCAGAAGAUGAAGGCGCUGAAGGUGGAGAAACAUCCUCUGACACUGCAAUGAAAAAUCAAGAAGCAGAAGGAAAAGGAAUGGAUUCCUAAUGUCUAAGGAUGGCUUGACUUGUGCCAAUCUCCUGAUUCCGUUCCCAAUCUGUACUGGACUUUGAAUGACUCAAUAUUAUUAACUGGUU